AUGUUAACUGUUGCUGGUGAACGAGCAUCUAGCGAUACUGAAGCAUUUACUGCCUUCAAGAAUAGAUUCAUGCAAACUAUACUUGUUAACCAGUAUGAAAAGUGGGAAAUUGAUGAAUCAGCAUUAUUUGUAAAAGUUCUACCGUCACGUUCACUAGCCUUGCACGACGAAGAUAUUACGGAAGGCAGGAAGGUGAUCAAAAACCAUAUUACGUUUAUGCCUUGCUGCAACAUCGAUGGGUCAAACAAGCUUCCACUUUUCUUCUUAGGAGUGGCUGCAAAUCCGAGAGAUCUUCCGAAAGACAAAACCUUGCUUCCAGUUUACUAUAAACAUUCGAAAAAGGCAUGGAUGAACAGAGCUUUGUUCAAAGAGUGGUUUAUUUCAGAGUUCGUGCCUUCAGUAAGAACGUUUGCCGUGAAGAAUAAUCAUGAACCGCGAGCUCUACUCGUUCUAGAUAAUUUUUCUGCCCAUUUCGAUGGAGGCAGCCCGCUUGAAAGUGACGACGGUAAAAUAAAAGUGCUAUUCUUGCCUUCCAACGUGACCUCCUUGGGGCAACCAAUGGACCAGGGUGUUCUUAAUGCGAUUAAGAAACGUUACAAGAAGAAACUACUGGUGCACUUAUUGCUCGACUACAAGGACUUGGUAUUUGAAGAGAGGUUAAAACGAAUUUCUUUGCGACAGAUAAUUGAUUGGUUGCAUCAAUCAUGGGAAGGAAUUUCAUCGAAAACGAUUGAAGACACCGAAGAAGACACAAUGCUCGACGAAGACAUGCGGGUGCUUGUUUCAACGGUAACUAACACGCUUCAAGAUGAACCCCCUAAUGCAAACGACAUCGAAGAUUGGUUAAACGAUUCAAUUCGUGAUGCUAGUGGUAAUUGUUUAGUGAAAGGUUGUGAUAUUUACGAUGAUAACGAAAUAAUCAAUUAUAUUAUGAACGGAUCAACUAUUUCUGAUCUCAAUGAAUCAAAUUGUUCAGGCGGAAACGACAACGAACUAAUUGACGAUUCGAUGGAUAAUCAGAGCUGGAUAACUGUGGAACAUUGUACCGAAGGAGCCGAGAAGCAUGAAAAAGCUAUGGAGUGCAUUGAUUUUCUUAUUGAUUACCUCGAAGAGGAAGAAGAAAUGCUAGAUGUCACUAAAUUGAGUAACAUAAGAAGCAAAUUUAUUGAAAUGGAGUUUCGAAGACGAAGAAUAGACCUGUGA